CUCUGGACAUUUUCCGUUUUCGUCAUUCGGGAUAGAGUCAUCGCCGAGCACGGCCCAGGACUGUUGGUUUCGUCACCGCCAGUAUGGGUUCCCUCAGGACUCUGUUCCUGAGCGUGUAUGCCUCGAACAGCGUUAUAAGGACGUUGUUUCUGCCAUUAUGCUACACCACACUAUUCAGCCCGUUCAUACUCGCUCUAGCCUGGUACUUUGGAUUCGGUCAAACAUUGCAAAACUCCAUACCCGAAGACUUUUCCUGGUUCGAUCUACUACCUGCAUUCGCAAUUUCAGCAGUCUUUGUGUUGCUACCGACGAGGCUACUUUCAAGCCCAGGAACAGUGAUCAAAAGUCAAGAUGGGAAGAGACGGGUACAAUCGUUGCCAUACUGGAUACCCGGGGUACGCCACCUCUCGAGCAUCGCAUUUGGAGGCGAGGAGUGGUUAGCCAGCGUUCGGGACUCUGCGACCGCGAGCAUAGUGGCGUACAAAGCUGCUGGAAUCAAACACAACGUCCUAUUAUCGGAACCCCUACUUGACCAGCUCUACAACAACUGGAACAAUCUGGAACUAACAGACAACAACCAACCCGCUAUCCUCCGAAACGCCUUCAGCCUACCAAAAGUCAUGGAAAGUCAUUAUCUCGAGCUUCAAAAUGAGAUCAACCAAGUUGUCCAAACGGAACUAUACGAAGAAGCAGCGAGGGACAACUUGAUCAAAGCUUCGCUGCGCAUCUUAACCGAAUCGCUUCCGGACCUGGUCACAUUCAACUCAUCGAUUGUCGAUCAAAUGCAAUGGGAGCGUGUCUCAAACGUGGAACUUACGGACGGAACUUCGGAAGCCGAAUGCGAUCUCUUCACACUUCUCAAUGAAUUCUGCUGCAAUGCUAUCCUACCCCCGAUCGUCGGAGCACAGUUUACAGAAUCCUAUCAACUCCUUGCCACGGAUCUAGCAAGCUGCAACGAAAGAUUCUGGGCUCUUGCUCUCGGGUUGCCACGACUAGCACCUAUCCAGGGCUUACCGGGAGCGGCUCUAGCACAAAAGAGAUUGCUUAGGAACUUCGCAAAGCAAUUUGAAGACCUGUCAAAUCCACCAGUAAGGCGGGUACCAGACGACGAUGAGAGCGUGAGCGGAGAAGAAGAUACCGACGCUGAUGUAAUUACACCUCUUAUGAAGUUGAACGAGCUCUUCACCAAGCAUGAACUGCCAGCAGAACUACGGGCUUCGAUCGGACUUCAUGUAGUGCACGAUAUUUACUCUGAGGUCAUGCCAAUCGUAUUCUGGACGGUCGUACAUAUUUACUCGUCAUCCAAGGCGGAAGGUGCGAAGACGUUACAAGAUUCACCUCUUGAAAGGAUCAAAGCAGAAUCAAAGGCUUGGGCUCAAGCCAUACAACCUCCAUCGAUACACCCAUCCUUCCCAGCUCCACCAGAAAUACGCUACGGCUCAGUGAAAGAAGUGCUGACCCCGACUUCGCUACCUUAUCUUCGCUCAUGCAUCAAUGAAGCUCGACGUCUAUACAACUGCUCUGUAAGCACAUAUAGAGUCCAGAAACCACUUCAUCUCAAGGAAGCAAUGGAGCAAUGGGAACUAGAAGCUGGCACGUACGUUGACGUGGGCCUUUCUCGAUCUCUCAUAAAUUCAUCACCAGCAUCUCAUACCUCACCACACACCUUUAAGGCCGACCGUUUCCUAGAUACCCCAGCGUCAUCAUCCAUUGUCUCGGCUACCGAUGUCUCUCAAUCAUACAAAACCAACCUCAUCAUCGCCACCGUCUCAGGCAUCACCCAGCUUUGGGAGAUUUCACCUGCGCCAAAGAAGAGCUUCUUCGACCAUAUUCAAGAAGCAGGCAACGAAGCGUCGUUCGGUGCCGAGGCGCCUACUGCAGAGCAAAAAGCCGCUAAAGAGGAAGCGAGCAGGGAGAAAGAAGAUGCCAAGAGGAAGGACGCCAAGUGGGUGCUUCCUAAAGCGGUUGAUGGAGCGGGAAUAAAAGUUCCCAAGGGAGACAUCCGGGUCAGGAUACGGAGAAGGGAGGGGUUGCCUGCUAGCAAGGUUGUGCGGAGGAUUGGUUAGCGUUGAUACUGGGGCUUUCACCGGAGCCAACGUGCGUGCAUGACCAGCAUCGGGGUGUACAUACUAGCCGCGUAAUACAGACAUCGGUAUCCAGAGAACUCUAUGGUAUGGAAGGCUUUGCGGAGCCGCGAUAGUAUAUGCCCGUAACUAUUGACCGUGGCACGGGCCGGUCAGACAACAACUAC